GCAGUGGCUCGAUUCACAUGUAAGCGAGGCGGCGGUUUAGCGCGGUUUCGCGGAAAAAUCAGGGCGCGAUUCGGGCGCCACCCCCGGGUCUCACAGACGUCGCGGACGCCUCGGGCAAACCUCGCUUGCGAUGAAAGUCCCGGCGGCGAGCUACGAGCCCCACUCCCCGAUACCGACCUCCCUGCCACCGCGGGGGCCAAUGUCAAGGUGCUGUAUAAGUCUGGGCGCGUCUCUCGGCCCCGGCCAUUCGUCGCGAGCGGUCCGACAGACUUCGACACGGCGCGCGCAACACCCAAGACUCGCACCGCGACAGCACUGAUCAUGAAGACAGCGGCCCUCCUCGUUCUCAUCGGCGUCGCCCUCGCCAGUCCAGCCGGCAAGUAUAAGGGCCUCGAAUUCCUGAGCCCUUGCUCCAAGGCCGACCCGGAGCUCGAGGCCUGCCUCGCGAGGGCGGCGAAUUCGCUGGCCCAGAACUUCCGCUACGGUUUGCCACAGCUGGGAUAUACGGAGGUAGAGCCGAUAAUCCUCGACGAGCUUCAUAUCGCCCUAGGCGGGGGUCCGAAUGGUUACAAAGCCCAGUUCAAGGAGAUCGCGGCUCGUGGCGUUUCCGCCGUCCGGGUGACGGGUUUGCGCGCCAGGAUCGCCGACGACGAGGUGCAGCUUCAGCUGGCCCUCAGCAUACCUAAGAUUCGAGCCGUGGCCAAGUACCGCUCGAGCGGGACCCUCAUCCUCGUCCAGGCGAGUGGCGCCGGCGACUACUGGGGAGAGUACGAUGGAGUCAAGGCAAAGGUAUUUAUAAGGGCCAAGCCCUAUGUCGUUCAGGAACAGCAAUUUCUCAGGCUUCAGCAGCUCAAGAUGGAUUUCACCGUACGAGAUAUCAGAAUGGGCGUGGAAAAUGUUCACGACGGCAAUACUAUUCUCCAAGCAGCAUUGAAUCUUUUCAUCAAUAGUAACAGCCAGGAGCUUUUGAAGGAAAUGAAACCAGAUCUCAGAAGAAAACUUGUUCAAGUAAUGUCGACAUUCGUCGAGAAAAUAUUCGCUCAAGUACCUUACGAUGCUUUUCUUACAGACUGAGUACCAUUAAAUAAUAAUACAAAAUACGCACUAAUAAUUUAAGCAAAUUUCUAGCUCA